CGAAAGAGAUGUCAACGGAGCUGUCACCGUAAACACGCGCUGCGUAAAUUCAACCACACAACAGGUACGAAUCAACAUGGACGAACCGCAGACUGGGUUGAAUUUCCACGAGCUAGAGCUGGACGAUCGGCUCCUGCGGGAUAUAGCCCGUUUGGGAUGGAUCUCACCUACGUUGGUGCAGGAGAAAGCGAUCCCGUUCCUGCUAGAAGGAAAGGAUGUGCUGAUACGCGCCCGUACCGGUUCGGGAAAGACAGCCGCCUUCGCUAUCCCAAUCAUACAGAACGUGCUCAGGUACAAGCGAGAGGCAGAGGUACGCGAAACGACCGUACUUGUGAUGGCGCCAAGCCAGGACCUUUGCCACCAGAUUGCUAAAGUGUUUGCCAAUCUAACGUACUCGUUUGGGCCGUUGCUGCGGAUAGUGGAUCUUUCCUCGAAGGAGGAGAGAGGAACACAUCGACAUCUGCUUGCCGAACGGCCGGAUAUCGUAAUUUCCACACCGGCCCGGCUUCGAACGGUUCUCGCCGAUGGGACGCUGAACGUGCGGGAAAGUCUUCGCUGUGUGACGAUUGACGAGGCGGAUCUGAUGUUUACGUUUGGGUUUGAGAAGGAUUUGCAGGAAGUUUUGAAACAUUUCCCUCCGGUACAUCAAUCGGUACUGUGUUCGGCCACGUUGGAAGAGGAUGUGGUGAAGCUGAAGCAGUUGGUUCUUCACAAUCCGGUAAUAUUGAAGCUGGAGGAACCACAUUUGGCGGUCGGCAGUCAGUUGAAGCACUAUCAAAUCCAGGCGGAAGAAGUCGAUAAAGCGUCAAUACUGUACACGGCACUGAAGCUGAAACUGAUCCAGGGAAAGUGCAUUAUUUUCGUGAAAUCGGUGGAUCGUUGCUAUAGAUUGAAGCUGUUUCUGGAACAGUUUGGCAUUCGUUCGUGCAUUUUGAACUCGGAAUUGCCCAUCAAAAUCCGAUGCCACACGGUGAACCAGUUCAAUCAGGGUGUAUAUGACACGAUCAUCGCGUCCGACGAACAAUUAACCGACGAUCCAAAAUUGGUAAAGAAAAAGAAUGCCAAAAAACCAUCCACAAAGGAAGUGUUGCAGCAAACGGAGGCAGAAUCGAGCGUUUCGCGUGGAAUCGACUUCCAGUGUGUGUCGUGUGUGGUGAAUUUCGAUUUCCCGUCCGAUAUCAAUGCGUACAUUCAUCGUGCUGGCCGUACGGCUCGUGGCAAGAACAAUGGAAGCGUUCUUUCAUUUGUAAGCGUGGAGGAGCAGGAGGCAAAGGCACGGGUCGAAGAAUUCCUUCAAACGCUGGCCGGCGAUGCUGAAUUCACGAUGGAACAUUUUAGCUUCAAUCUGGACGAAGUGGAAGCGUUCCGAUACCGAGCGAAGGACGCCUGGCGUGCGAUUACAAAGUUUUCAAUCCGCGAGGCUCGGAUAAAGGAAUUAAAGAUGGAAAUUUUCAACUCCGAAAAGCUCAAGUCGUUCUUUGAGGAAAAUCCACGCGAUUUUCAAACACUACGGCACGACCGACCACUCCACACCGUGCACGUGCAGGAACACAUGGGUGACGUACCGGAAUAUCUCGUCCCGCCCGCACUAAAACCAAUGGUGGACAUUAUGAACGCGAAACGGAAACAGAAGAUGCUUGAAAGACACGCAGCAGCAAAGAAAAGGCGAACGAAGGCGGACAAUCCCCUGCUGGUGGAUGGAAUCGAUUACAAGAAGAUAAGCAUGUAAAA